AUGUCUAUCCUCAGUCCUCCUUCGAAACCAUCAAAAUGGCGUUUAUCAAACAGACUCAGCAAAAGAUCAUCAGAGGCUACAAUGUCAGAAAUUCGAUUCAGUCCAAUCUCCGAUCCAAACAAAAUUCCACCUGAAAAGAUGAGUAGUUUGAUCGGUUAUUCUAUCAAUCCUGCAUUUUCAAAUGUAUUCACAGGAUCAAGAACAAAUGAAGCAAUUCUAUCAACAAUUGCAUCGACUGAUUUAACAAAAUUACAAAGAAGACCACGUAAACCUUCAGUGAAUGAUGAAGCAGCAUUAUAUCAAGCAAUUCGUCAUCUUUCCGAAAUAGGAUCAAAGGAUGAAUACAAUCUUACCAUGCAAGAAUUAUAUGCAUGGAGAACGGCAGUAAAUAUUGCUUAUAUGACAUUCACAGAAGAUGGCGUAGUUCCACUUGCUUCAUUUGAAGAUAUGUCAAAACCUGCUGCUUCUCCCUCAACAAAAAAGCCAUCUUUGGCAAAAAGUAAAUCAUUCAAUAUUCCACGUAAGCCUGUACCUUCUUCAUCCGGCUCGAUUCCAGAAUUGCCACACGAUUUGAGCAAGAAUCUCAACUCACGGCACAAAGCACCAAGAAAGUAUAGCUUACCGACAAGUGGACAUAAUCCUUUGAUUCAUUCACCCAAAUUACGAUCUGGUUUGCCAAUCGGACAAAUGCAUGCAUUAAAAGUAGAUACAAACGUCAGUCCAGGUUCUUACUUUGGACCUAAUGCAGCAACAGAUUGGACAAGAUCACCAAUCAAACCGAAUGAGAACAGCAUCAUUCAAUCACCUCUUGGUACUUCAAGUACGUCAACCUUUGAUAUGAACGAAUGGUCAAUGGUAACGCCAAGGGCCAAUACAACAAAAUACCCAAGAACGAGUUCAAAGGAUGCCGUGUCACAGCUAGCAUACAUCUCUGAAUCUGGAGAAAUGUUCAACAGAUUCACAAGGGAAGAAUGUGGAACAAGUAAAUUGAAAGGAAUACCUGACGUAAGUGGAGAGAUGGAAAAGACGUACACAUAUAGCGAUUAUGGUGAUGGUGAUGAUGGUGAUGGUCGUUCAUCUUUAGACCAUUCAAAUCCAACGAAUUCCGAUCAUUCAAGUCCAAGAACUGAAGAAGCACAUCUACAGCAAUUAGGGUUGUCUUUAGGUACCAACACGCAAAAGAGCCCUCAAUAUCAUCAUCAUCAUCAAAUGCCAAGUCCAAGUAAAACACACAACAGUGACUCAAAACAACAACCUCAUCCUCCUCCUGCUCCUCGUAUUCGCGUUCCACUCAAUACAAAACGUUCAUUCCAAGAUCAACGUUGGGCACCCGGUUCUCGUGAUCGCAUUAGUGCGCAAGACGAUAGCGAUGAUGAUGAUGACUAUCUCGUCUAUUCUACAACCAAAAAGCCAAUCCGUAAAGCUUCACAGACAAGAAAGAAUGAUAUGCUAGGCAUGUUGGACUUCUUAUCAAGUGGUCCUCCCGAAUAA